AUGGACUCAUCACAUUUGGGAGGGUAUCAUUCUCAGACGCCUCUGGACUCUCUCUCGGGCGCAAAGCUCGACCAACAAAUCAGGGACUCAUCAGAAGACAUGAUGGGUUGCGACAUCAUUCACGACCUGGGCCCGAUGGGCCAGCGCCGCCAAGCGCUCGAACGCGGACUUCUCACUAGACGGGACCCAAUGACUCUUCAACAACACGGGAUUCUGCCACCGCCGAAAACGCCUCCAAGCCAUUUCUAUGAAAGCAAAUGCCUGGCAAGAAGAAAAACGGAAGACUAUUUGAAAAACAAGAUCGCCCAGCGCCCCGAUCGAAAAACGCUAAUCGAGUAUCACAUUCUGGAAGACAACAAUGUGAGCCCAUCGCUGGCGAACUCGCAGAAGAAUCUGCAGCGCGCGCAGCUCCAGGACCAGCUGAACAUGAAGAUCGGCUCGCGUCCGGGCCCGAUCGAGCUCAUCCAGCGCAACAUUCUUCCAGUCGACGAAAGCAUCAAGCAAAAGAUCCACGACAACUACUUCACCGAGCAGACGUUCGGCGACUCCCCGGGCGGCUCGCCUCCAGGACAGAGCCUCAAUUUCGACAGCGAUUUCGACUUCAACCAAAGCUCGCGCCCGUCAUCGCGCAUCGGUGAUAGCCGCUGCUCUAGAAAGCAAACCCAAAAGAUGCACAAGCGCUCGAAGUUCAAGUUCCACGUCUACUCGCCCGCCGAAAACAAGACCAAGAAAGAAUCUAUCAAAUCGACAACUCAAGAGUCGUACGAGGAUCGCCUGCGCCAGCAACAGCUGCUCUUAGAGAUGGAUAAUCUUCAGCAACACAUCGAGCAGUCGAAGCCGAAGGAGAGCUUCGAUCCGAUGCUGCAACAGAGCUUCGGAAAGAACGAACGCUCGCCGCUGAUCCUCCCCGCUCCCCAAGCCAUCGGCGACCAGCUCAUGCGCGAGAUCCAACAGAGGAACAAAAUCAUGGCCCCUUCGCCCCAGCCUUCUCCAAAUGUUAGAGCGACUUUCCACGUGGUGAACGCGAAGCUGGUGCCGCCGCCUCCCCACAACCAAGUGCCGCCGACUCCGCCGCCCUUGGUCGACAGUCUGCGUCCCAAAGAGCAGCAGCGCUUCGAUCCAGAGCGCCGCAACGAGUACAAAGUCAAAGCGUUGAAAGAUUUCUGUCGAAAAAACGGCUUGUCGGUUUCGGGCUCUAAAGAUGCUUUGGUAGAGCGGCUCAUGGGCCACUUCGGCAAGAAGAGCUCGCCGGAGCACUGCGAAAUGCAGAAGAAAAUGCGCGAGAUGCAGGAAACCAUCAAGCGCCAGGAAGAAAUGAUCCAGAACCUGCAGAACAGCGGCAACAACAACCGCUCGAGCGUCAAUCCGACGCCGAUGGAGAUUUGCACGAGUCUGCCUUCGUCGAUCCCCGUCUCCGCCCCCGACGUCCAUCACCUCCCCACACCGACCCACGCCAUCGCCAUGAAACAGUUCUUCGACAGUCAGCCCCGUUCCGACUCGUCGAUGUUCGGCCUCCAGUCGUUCAACCUGAAGCACGAGAACAACCUGUCCCACCAGCCGCAGCGCGGCGGGUAG